CAACUCGGCUACUUGGGAACCUACUUCUACCUAAGGUACCUUUAUGAACUAAGGAGUUGUGUAUUCAAUCCUACCACACCAACUGUACCAGAACUAACAAACAACAACCAAUUUUCGUGCUUUACAGGUCAACAUAUUCGUUUCAAUAUAGUGAACUACCUACUCUUGUUACCGUAACAACUUUCACACAGGGCAUGGUCUCCAUCUAAUUGAAGGCGUGCUUUUUGAAAUCCACUCAGUAAAUCUCACCCACGCCGGCCUUCACAAUGAACGCCGCGGCAGUCACGAGGCCUCUGAGGGGCUUCUUGGCUAAUUCACGACCUGCCGUCCCGUCCAUAUCGAAAUCACAAAGGCAAAGAUUGUAUUCGACUCACCCACCAAACGCAAGGCUUAACGUACCAAUAGACUACUCGACGACCCCUCUCCUUGCCCACAGCUCCCAGACUGCUCUCAGCAACCCAGAGCUAUCGCCCGAGGUCAGGAAUGGUGCGACCAAGCGCAUGAACCUCUUCCAGGCCAUCAACGAUGCCCUAUCCACAGCCCUCGCCGAGGAUGAGUCGGUGAUGCUUUUCGGUGAGGACGUAGCUUUUGGUGGUGUCUUCCGCUGCUCCAUGGGUCUUGCAGAAAAGCACGGAGGGGAGCGGGUCUUCAACACGCCGCUGUGUGAGCAAGGAAUUAUGGGAUUCGCUAUCGGAAUGGCCGCCGAGGGGAUGAGGCCCGUUGCUGAAAUACAAUUCGCCGACUACGUCUUCCCAGCCUUUGACCAAAUGGUCAACGAGGCCGCCAAGUUCAGGUAUAGAGACGGUGCCAACGGCAGAAGCGCGGGAGGUUUGACUGUGCGCAUGCCCUGCGGGCUGGUCGGCCAUGGCGCGCUCUACCAUUCGCAAAGCCCCGAGAGUCUGUUCACGCACAUACCCGGCUUCCGAGUCGUCAUGCCGCGGUCACCCGUCCAGGCCAAGGGCCUCCUGCUCGCCGCAAUUCGCAGCAACGAUCCUGUCGUGUUCAUGGAGCCCAAGGUGCUGUACCGUGCUGCCGUCGAGCAGGUGCCGAUGGCAUCGUACACGCUGCCACUUUCCAAAGCCGAGAUCCUGAAAGAGGGCAAGGACCUCACCAUUAUCUCGUAUGGCCAGCCUCUGUAUAUUUGCCAAAACGCAAUCGCCACGGCCGAAAAGGACCUAGGCAUCAGCGUCGAGUUGAUUGACCUGAGGACAAUCUACCCUUGGGAUAAGGAAUGCGUCUUCGAAAGCGUCCGCAAAACGGGCAGGGCCAUAGUUGUGCACGAAUCCAUGGUAAACCAAGGUGUUGGAGCUGAGGUCGCAGCGUGCAUCCAGGAAGAUGCCGAUACUUUCAAUCGACUCGAGGCUCCGGUCGAGCGGGUUGCCGGAUGGAGUAUACCCACGCCUCUUGCUUUUGAAAAGUUCAAUGCCCCAGAUGCUGCCAGAGUGUAUGACAGGAUCAAGAGGGUUAUGGAGUAUUAGGUGCUGUGAAGAAAAUGGGCUCUUCCAGUUCAUGAAUGCAGAUUUCGAGUUGUGACAGAAAAGAAUAUAUUCUUCCCUAUGGGUCGUUUUUAUUGUCAUUACAUCGCAGCGGGUCCAUUUCUGGGGUUCACGUCUUUCAUCAUUAUAUUUUGCAAAUCUAGAGCUACCACUUCUGCUUGAUACCAGUUCACAUAAGCCUUAGCAUCCAAAUAUUCGUGCUUACUUCAACACCGUUAAUAAUCUUGG